GACAACAUGGGCAAAUGGACUCUGAAUCAUACAGACGACGUCCUCCGUGACAAGGUCAAGAACCUGGUCGUUGGCGCCAUUAAGCGUGCACGAUUAGAGAAGGGCGAGCCUACAAUAACAUAUGAGACAUUUGUGGAAGAGCUAGACGUGGGCGAUUCCUUCACGGCGACCCUGAUUGAUGCCCUGGUGAAAGAGGCUGCCGAACGUCGUACUCGUCCAAACCCCACCGACCGACGUCUGAUCUCUGAGCGCACUGCUAAGACCCUCCGCAUGCAAGCGAGCGCGUCUCAUAUCUAUCGUGAACGUAGCCGACUUGCCACUCGACGAUACCCCGCCGACUACAUCUUUAGUCCUGACCACGAACAUUCAGAAGAUGACGAAGAUGAGACGGUUGAGAUGCUGGAAGCUGCAGAGAGCUCCCGCACGGCUCCUGCUCUUUAUGAUGCCUACACGUUUCGACCGCCCGCGACGCGAUCGUUUGUGCUAGAAGACGCCGCACAGGCCUCCAUGCUUCGGGAAACUGUAACUAGCCCUCGACCACUAUCGCCGCCUACCGCUAUGCUAGAAGCGGCCUCGAGUUCGAUUCCCGCGUUCUACUUGGCUUCUCCUGGAUCUUCAUCCUCUCUCACCCGUUCACGUACCGUCCGUCGUCCUAACCGGACAGCUUCGACGCGAACUACCGACUUUAGUGACUUUACGUCGCGCCGCCGCUCCAUAGUACGCGCCAACGUGGAAUCCUCCGAGUCUGUCCGCGCAGAAGACUCAGCGGAUGGCACGUGGAGGUUUUCCCUCCUGGACCGUGCGGCUUCGUCCCCGCAUGACGGCCCGUCAACUAGCCCAUCUCGUCCUGACCGCGACUCGUACAUGGUUUUCCCACAUGAGGAAGAACGCGUAGACGCCGGCGAGCCACCCAGCUCAGGUUCGAUGCACCAGAGCUCGUCACGGCCCUGGUACUCACACACUGGCCGGGCGUCACCUUCAUCUGACCGCACCAUCGCACCCAUGCCGCGGCUGCGGCGCGGUGGGCUGCGCGCCCCCGAGUCCAUGCUUUCCCACCUGGCGUCCCCGAGCACAGAGACUAGCUCUCCUCGCGCCGGAAGCCCCUUGCGGCCGCUCCCGCCGAUCAAUACGGGAGCAUACGAACCAGAGGAUUCAGGCACCUCACGAGCGUCGGGAUCCGGCUCUUCGAGCUCUGGCAGGGUACAGAACGAGAUGGACGCACUGGACGAGGCCUCACGGCAAUUGCUUACCCCGCGGUCCAUCUCACCAGUCGGCGAUGUCUAUCAUAUCUAACAUGCAAAAUUAUGAUUUAUAAAAGCCUUAGGUGUAUCAGAUUGGCUCCAAAAUUCCUGUCGCCUCUUGUUGGACGUAUCGGAACUGUACAUCACCGUCUCGAGGUGGAGCUUUCUGUAUCUAUGCAUGCUUGGAUGUUUUUGUAUGCU